CGCAGCUGAGGAGUACAGAGCAACAGGGCUUCAGCUCAAUGAUAUGGCAAGUCAUACAUAAACUCCCGUACAAUAUUCGAUGCGCUUCACUCACUGUUGGCAAAUAUCACUUCUUUUCCAUCACAUGCAUGUGAUAUGAAACUCAGAUUUAACCCUUAAUCUUUUUCUUCACUAUGACAGAUCAUGCUUCGAACAUUCGAGUACUGCAGGCAAGCGUUGAUCCAGAAAGCACAAGUGAAUUUCGCAUCCUGAUCGACGACAAAUUUGUCAAAUACAUCACCAUCGAUGCUGGUUUGUAUGAGUGCGAUGAGAUGUGUUUCGGGCCUUCUCUCGUUUCCAUACUACCACCUCUUCCGCGAGGUGAUUGGAAAAAGGGCCGCAUAUCUAGGGAUCUCAAGACUGGUGCCGCUUGCUUUUCUUACAACUUAAUACAACAAAUGGCAGGGAUUACCAGGAUUUGGCAUUCCACUAAAAUCGAUCAUCUGGAUCUCCGCGAAGAAAAGAAGCUACGCUCUAACGUCUAUGAAGUCACCUGUCCCGGCUUCGAUUCGAAAGUCAUCGCAAAAUUCGCCCGCUUUGAAUGGGAGGUGCCGCAUUUAGAGGCGGAGACGACAGCGUACAGCUGGAUAGAUGGCCAACAGAUUGGUCCUGCUUUUCUUGGCCACUUGACUGAGGAAGGGAGAGUCAUUGGAUUCCUCAUGACUCGUAUCGCUAACGGUCGUUACGCCACGAUAGACGAUCUUCUUUUGUGCCACUCGGUUUUAUCAAGACUGCACAAAUUAGGAAUCAAGCACGGAGAUAUCAACAGACACAAUUUCCUGAUCCAUGGCAGAAAGGCAACCCUCAUCGAUUUUGAUAAUGCCUCCCGACUGGCUAAAAAGGAUAAACUAGAAGAGGAGCUUCACCAUCUGCAGGACCAGUUGAAGGAUACAUCCGGAAGAGGUGGUCAAAUGACUGUGAGUAGCCCAUGUUGAGGUUUGUAGCCUGUUUUGUCGGAAGGCUGCUAAACAAAUCGGCUUCUACAUCCUGUAUUAGGACAUGUUAAGGUGCAACAUGUGAAGGGCGCAGUUAAUAUACGUUUCAAUUGACUAUCCUGUUGACGAACAUCUAAAGCUUGAAAAAGAAUAG